AUGGGAAAGACUCCUCAGAUGGGGAUGGGUGGCCUGGCCAUUUUGGUGGUGUUGUUUAUGGGUUCAGUCAUGCCGCAGUUGUCGAGUGGGUUCGAGAAGGGCACCAUCAGGCAGCUGGUGACCAAGUACAACGUGACGAGCGUUUUGGUGUUCGGAGACUCCAGCGUCGACCCCGGCAACAACAACCGGCUGCCCACUCCGAUGAAGGGCAACUUCCCGCCUUAUGGCAAGGAUUUCUUCCAAGCCCGCCCCACCGGCCGCUUCUCCAACGGCAGGCUCGCCACCGACUUUAUAGCUGAGGCAUUGGGAUUCACGAAGAUAAUCCCAGCAUUCUUGGACCCAAAUCUGAAACCGAAAGAUUUACUACACGGAGUUAGCUUCGCAUCUGCUGCUUCCGGGUACGAUGAACUCACCGCCAAUUUCUCGAAUGUGCUGUCGAUUCCUAGGCAGCUGCAGUACUUGAAGCACUACAAGCUCCAGCUGAGGCGGGUGGUGGGCGUGAAGAAUGCGGAAUGGGCGGUGAAGAAUGCGGUGUUUGUGCUGAGCAUGGGAACCAACGACUUCCUCCAGAACUACUACUUGGAGCCAGAAAGGGCCAAGCAAUUCACCGUCGAACAGUACCAGGACUUCCUUUCCACCCAAAUGCUCCACAGCAUCAAGGAAAUGCACAGGCUGGGAGCAAGGAGAUUGGUGGUGGUGGGUGUCCCGCCGCUGGGAUGCAUGCCGCUGGUGAAGACACUGAGGGGCGGUGAGGAGCAGAACAAGUGUGUGGAGGCCAUAAACCAGGUGGCUUCCUCCUUCAACUCCAAGAUCAAGGCCAACUUGGCCCUUCUCCACCGCACCCUCGGGAUCAAGGACGCCUACGUCGACUGCUACGCCGUCCUCCAGAACGCCCUCUCCACCCCACAGACUUACGGUUUGGCGGAGACGGCCAAGGGCUGCUGCGGGACCGGAACCAUAGAGUACGGUGACACGUGCAAAGGGUUGAGCACGUGCGAGGAUGCGUCCAAGUACGCUUUCUGGGAUGCGGUACACCCGACGCAGAAGAUGUAUCAGAUUAUCGCCGACGAGGCCAUCAAGUCCUUGUCCGAGGCACUCAUCCGAUGA